AUGGGCGAUGCUACUAUCUGUACAUCCGGAGAGCCUGACUGCACGGCCAUGGACGGACAUGAAUCAUCGGGUGAAUCUGCUCAAGGCGAAGACGAGCUUCAGGGAGCUUUGGCCCGUGUCAACGAACUAUUGGAUGGGGCGACGAAAGAGAUGAACGGCGAUGUCCUCGCAAACACGAUUUCCAUAUUGCGAGAUAUCAUCCGUGACGAAGAGGACGAACAAAGGCUGGCAAAAUCUAAGAGUGUCCUGAUCAAAGCCCUUGUAACCCGGUUCGCUCGAUAUGGGUUGGUGGAAGACUUGGAUGAGGGGGUGGACCUUUUGCUGAGCGAGGCGUUUCAUCGUUUCGCAUUCACGGAUCAACCACGUAUCUCGCAUUCAGAGGACAAAGGCUGCGCGGACAAUGUCUCCUCCGCCCUGGAUUCUCUUGGAAAGUAUCGCAGAGCAAUCGAUGUGGCCAAGCUGGAAACCGCCAUCGAUGUCGCCAAUGAAGCUCUUGCUUGUUAUUGUGGUGCGGCCAAUGGUCGAGGCGAAUUGCUGCUUCGGGUCGGGAAUGCCCUGGUUCUGAGAUGGUUGGCGUCCGGUGACGAGAGAGACCUAGAUUUGGCCGGGGCAUCUUUUCAGGAUGCUAGAGGCGUUCUCGGAAGCGGUUGCCCAAUGCUCUUCACGGCACUUCUGUAUCUCCAGCACAUUGCGUCCAUCAAGAUAGUUGAGUGCAAAGGUGACAUGUCGGUUGGGUUGCUGGAGCUGAAGCAGCUACGAGAGGAAAUGGAGACCGAGGACGCCAAAGGGAGGACCGCGUACAUGAUGGGAUCCCAGUUGAUGGACGGCGAUAACCUUGACGUAGAGGAAUCUAUCGUGUGGUUACGGCAGUCCCUUUCAUUCCGACCGCUACGGCAUCCAAGGCGCCUCGAGACACUGGACCAUUGUACCAUUGCCCUACGUAACCAAUUUGGUUGUACAUACGAUAGCCGCGACCUGGAAGAGUGCGUCGCAUUGUAUCGGGAAGCGCUCGCUCUCCGCCCCUCUGGUCGCCCCGGCCGCCCACGCUCCCUCAACGACCUGGCAAGCUCGCUUCUCGCCCGGUUCCAGCACCAAGGCGACUUCCGCGACCUGGAGGAGUCCGUUAUAUUGGGAAGGGAAGCACUUGCUCUCAGCCCUCCAGGCCACCCCGAACGCUCUCGCUCCCUCCACGACCUGGCAACAUCGCUUGGUACCAGGUUCCACCACAAAGGCGACUUCCGUGACCUGGAAGAGUCCGUCUUAUUUUACAGGGAAGCCCUACCUCUCUGCCCUCCGGGCCACCCCAACCACUCUCUCUAUCUCUACAACCUGGCAAACUCGCUGCGGACAUGCUUCUUGCACAAACGCGACUUCCGCGACCUAGAGGAGUCUGUCACAUGGGAGAGGCAAGUACUCGCUCUCCGCCCUUCUGGUCAUCCCGACCGCUCCCGCUCCCUCUACCACUUGGCAAGCUCGCUUCUUGCCCUGUUCCAGCACAACGGCGACUUCCGUGACCUGGAAGAGUCGGUCACGUUGGGAAAGGAAGCGCUCAAAUUCUGCCCACCAGGCCACCCCAACCACUCCCACGUGCUCAACAACCUUGCAAACUCGCUUCACGUCCUGUUCCAGCACAAAGGCGACUUCCGCGACCUGGAAGAGUCUAUCGCAUUGCACCGGAAAGCGCUCUCUCUCCGCCUUCCAGGCCACCCCGACCACCCCCGCUCCCUCAAUGACCUGGCAACAUCGCUUAGCACCAGGUUCCACCACAAAGGCGACUUCCGCGACCUGGAGGAGUCCAUCGCAUUGGUCAGGGAAGCGCUUACACUCCUGCCUCCAGGCCACCCCGACCGCCCCCGCUCCCUCAACGACUUGGCAGGCUCGCUUCUCAUCCGGUUCCAGCACAAAGGCGACUUCCGUGACCUGGAAGAAUCCAUCGCAUUCGCCAGGGAAGCGCUUCCUUUCUACCCUCCAGGCGACCGAAACCACUUCCAAGUGCUUAACAACCUGGCAAACUCGCUGCGCACAUGCUUCUUGUAUAAAGGCGACUUCCGUGACCUGGAAGAGUGCAUUGCCUUGGAAAGGCAAGCGCUCAUUCUCCUGCCUCCAGGCCACCCCGACCACCCCCGCUCCCUCAAUGACCUAGCAGCAUCGCUUGGCAUCAGGUUCCACCGUAAAGGCGACCCCCGCGACCUGGAAGAGUGCAUGGCGUCUCUCCGGGAUGCCCUUCUUCUGUAUUCAAAAAUGGGACCUUCUCUUGCAGUUCAACAUGAUACCAGUCAUGCAUCGGUUGAUCAUCCCUUUCGGAUUUUUGUAAUCAAGAACCUUGUGGAAAAUCUCAUUUUCGAGUACCGGGCGACCACCCACACUAGCGUCCUGGAUGAAAUGUUCCAGCUCCUCAGGUCUGGCGCUCAGUCCCACGGGUCGUCGCCCUUCGCGAGGCUAGACCUUACCGAGCUCUGGGUUUCAAUUUGCCGAGAGUUCGAUUGUCUGGAAAUUGCGCUGGAGGCUUACAGUCACGGGGUAGCCAUUCUUCCCCACCUAGCGUCUCUCGACCUCACAUUGGAACAGCGCCAAAACGUCCUCGUCUAUGUCAAAGAUCUCUCUAGGGACGCAGUACAGUGCGCAAUUGGACAAUGGCAAUUGGACACAGCUGUUGCCUUUCUUUCCACCGCACGAUCGACCUUCUGGUCCCAAGCGCUCCAAUUUCGCGGGUCUUUCGACCGACUGGACGCCCUCCACCCUGAUUUGGCGUCAUAUCUACGUUCUGUUACGCGCCAACUGGAAAUUGCAAUCGACGAAAACCUGCGCACUGACACGAUAUCGGCUCAUGACCUGCCAAGACGUCCAUACCUUCUCGCCCAGAGGAGAGAAGAAAUCAUCACACGCAUUCGAGCUAUUGACGGCUUUCAUGACUUCCUCCUCCCUCCCUCCUUCGACACACUCAAGAGCGCUGCCAGGGAUGGUCCGAUCGUCUUCCUUAAUGCCAGCAAGUACGGAUGUGACAUCCUGCUUUUGAAACAGGAUGGUACCUUGCAUCGUCAUUUACUGUCUACAUAUUCGAGGCGGAUCGAUGGUUUGGCAGAUGCAGUUCAGCAAUUAUCCCGAGGAAAGGCAGUGGGGAAACAGCUUCAGCGCAAGAUUGACGACUUCUGCGAAACCGAAACUCGAAAUACUCGCUUGAAGCUACGUCGUAAAAACAGAGGCACAGCGGACGACGAUUUCAAGCAGCUUCUUGAUAUCCUCUGGGUUGUGGUAGCCGAGCCUGUCAUUAGAAUUCUGGGUUUGCAAAGGACUGACAACCCGAAACGAAUCUGGUGGUGCCCAACAGGCCCAUUCGCCUUUCUUCCUAUACACGCUGCCGGCAUUUAUUCCGACACCCCUGAAGCAUCCGACUGUCUAUCUGAUUAUGUCGUUUCGUCAUACUGCUCUUCGCCGCAGGACCUCCUCGCACCACCGCCCGCACCGAAUCCCGACUAUGAAAUGCUCGCUGUUGUUGAACCUGGAGAGCCGGGGCGUAGGCACAGCCUUCCAUUUACCUUAGAGGAAGUCAAGAAGAUCCGGCGUCACAUCCCCCAUGAAAGGCACUUGGUCACCCGCGUAGGUUCAGCAGACACUCCCUCCAGUCCCGACGCAAUCUUGAAUCAUCUCAACACUGCAUCUAUCGUUCAUUUUGGGUGCCACGGGUCUCAAGAUCUCUCGAACCCGUUGGAUAGUUCAUUAAUACUCAGCGGAGGUCGUCUGACCAUGAGAAUGCUGAUACGGGGUUGCCAAGCAUCCAACGCUGCGCUUGCCUACCUGAGCGCCUGUGAGACGGCGAUGGGAGACCAAGAACGCCCCGAUGAAUCUCUCUCUCUGGCAGCAACUAUGCAGUUUGCCGGCUUCCGAAGUGUGGUUGCGACGAUGUGGUGA